CCCGAUUCGCCUCAAUUACUCGCGUCGUAUACUACUAGAGGGCGCUACCCGGACAAUCAUUUGUAGCGAGAGGAAGGCGUGAACGACCACAGCGAUCACGAAGUAUUUUAGUACCUGUCUACAGUACAGCAACGACCAUCAGAAGCUACAAUCAUGGCUGACUUUGAAAAAGCUGCAGAAGAUGCCAAGAACCUGUCCCAAAGACCAUCAGACGCUGACUUGUUAGUGCUGUACGGUCUGUACAAACAGGCUACAGUGGGAGAUUGUAACACAGACAGACCUGGUAUGCUAGAUUUUAAAGGAAAAGCGAAAUGGGAUGCAUGGAAUGGAAAUAAAGGAACGUCGCAGGAGGAUGCAAAGGGAAAGUAUGUUACAAAAGUGGAAAGUCUCAAAGGUUAAAGAAAUCCAUGGAUGGGAUAUACAACGUUGUGACCAGCAGACUGACCUUACAUUGCUGCAAGAUGGUGGCCUGCACUAGAAGUUAAAGAGAACAAUUUUAUCUUGAUUGAAGGAAAUUGCUCAAUAGUGAUUAUUUAUGAUUUGUAAUAAAUUGAAAGUCUUUCAAAAGUUUGGAUAGUAUAUACCAGAAAGUUGUCACUGCAGUUGCACUUUUGCCAUUUUCACUCUCUGUAAUGAUAGCAAAUUUAUCAUGACGGUGAAUAUUAGUACGCCACAAGGGCUAAAUUAACCCUGGGCGAAUCUGUGUUUUACCAGUUAAGGGCAAAUAUUUGAUUGUGCUGAAGUUUUCGCGGUAUACAAUAUUUGAAGUUAUACUUUCGUCAGUUUAUUGUUUGAAGGAAUUUUUUUGGAAUUACCUGAAACACAAAUAUUUAUCUGAGGUUGUUAUUAUAUUGAUAAUUUUCACCCUUAUGACAUUCUCGUCAAGGGAAGAUAGAAUAUGUCGGUUCAAAGAUGUUGAGCAUUUUUGAAAUCUAGUUGAAAUGCUUGAAUUAAAUUUGAAAAAUUUUGUAAGGGUUUUAACUUUGGAUUUGGAUUAUUUUACCAUUGUGAUGAGUUACAGUACCAUGACCAACCAUUCGUGUGUUUUUACUGAAUAAGUAAGUUGUAUCAGUAUUGUGAAACAUAAUAUUCCAACUUAUACAACUUUUUUUUUUACUUAUUUUCCUUCAAUAUUUUUACAAUUGUUUAUAGUAAUUCCAUGUCUGUGUCAGAUUAUUGGGAUUUUUCUAGGGUAUUAUGAGAAGGAAUUCGUUUUUACCAGUUCAAUUUUUUUCUCAUUAGUUCAUAUAUCAAUUCAGAGAAUAACACAUCCAAUCUAGCAUAUGGUGUGUGCUUUCACCAGUAUUUGAAACAAAUUUUGACAUUUUUUUCAUCUUUGGAGCUUAACUAUUUUAUCAUUGAUUCAAGUUAAUGAAAGCCAGUUGUCAAUUUGGAGAAGAAAACAUCAAAUCUUGCAUGUUGCAUCUUUUAUCAGUAUUUGGAACAAAUUUGUAGAUCUUAUUCCAUCUUUGAUGUAUUUUUUCGAUGUUAUGCCUGGUCAACUUUUAACAUAUGGUGAUACAUCAAAUUCGCUGUUCAUUCUAUUAAAAUGUAAUUAAUGAUAAUUAUUAAUUAAUAUAUGCAAUGGAUAAAUCACUUAUUUAUAGAACAAAAAAUUCAUGAUUUUUCAUGGAUAGCGUAGUAUGAAAAACGAUUGUCAUAUUCAUUAAAAAAGAAACUCACGUGGUUGUUUCAAAAA